GACAGAUUGCAGUGAUCCGGUGUCACAACAACAAGCUUAGAUUCGCUUGAAGCUGCACAGAAUACUUCUAUACAGAACAAUAAUGAUAUCACUUGGCUUAUUCUUCGUUUUCUGUGUCCUUGGGACACAAGGCGCAGCGGUGAAAAAUGCAAAGGUUCCUUGCAGUGAAUUGUACAACUUGUAUUCUCUGUCUGAGAAUUUCAACGAGACUGUGGCACAUACUAUUCACUCGAUGACAGUUCAAGGACUACGUAUGUUCAAUCCUCGAGCAACUAAAGAGAACAAUGUUCCUACAGUUAAUCACGACAUCAGCGAUGAGAGUCGUUUAGUUCUGCCUUAUGCACCUGACGAUCACACGUCCGGAGAUUUCACCACAAAUACGAUGAACAUAAUCGACGCAAUCUUAUCGCGCAUUGGUAAAGACGAUGACGGACUGGGACCGAACUGGUCAUCGACCGAGCGGAUUGUGCACAAGUUUCAUAUGUAUGACGUAUGGUCACGUGUGCUGAUAUCGUAUAAGGAAACGGUUGAGAAAGACCCUCCACGGGAUGCGUUGUGUGAUUGUCUUUUGAAUUCUGCCGAGAAUGGUAUCUACGACGCUGUUCACUGGGUUGCACAACACUACAAGUCCGGCACACCAAUCACACUUCUCAAUCGACCCAUCCCAAAACUGAAAGAUGCGAAGUCCUGGGGAAUCUGGAAGAAACGUCUCCUUCAUUACUACACUCGCCCGGCGUUGCAUGAUGCUAGCUUGUACUUGCAUUGUGCGACAAAGGAUUUCUGAUCCCUGAACUUCCACGUUACUCAGGUGGUCUAUUUGAUAUGAUAAUGUAAUUUUUAUUAAGUGAGAAUAUUGCUCUAUAGAUAUAGAUAUGGUAUUAAAUGUUUAAAAUCUCUGAU